AUGAUAGACUCAGGAUCCGGGAAGCAGCUGCUCUCGUCUGUGCCAUCCGAUAGCCAGACUAACGGGAACACCAACGAGCACACCAACGGCCAUACGGCUGGAGAGACUGCACCCACGGGGGUGUCCCAAUCCCCCAUAGCCAUUGUGGGCCUGGCCUGUCGUCUACCUGGGCAUGUUCACACUCCCAAAGAUCUCUGGGACCUCAUGGCCCGCGGGGGUGUGGCUGAGACGAAGCCACCCAGCACCCGAUUCAACCUGGAUGGGCAUUAUGACGGGUCCAAGAAACCAUUUACCAUGAAGACGCCCGGGGCCAUGUUCCUCGAGGAUGUCGACCCAGCCGACUUCGACGCCCAGUUCUUCAACAUCAACCACAUGGACGCUAGCUCUAUGGAUCCCCAGCAGCGAAUUCUCAUGGAGGUGGCGUAUGAGUGCCUGGAGAAUGCCGGUAUCCCCGUGGAGAGUCUGGGAGGCAAGCGGAUUGGAUGCCUGGUGGGAGCCAGUGCCGUGGACUACCACGACAUGACCUGUCGGGACCCCGAGGAUCGCACCGAGUCCCCCACGAUGGGCACCGGUCGUGCACUGCUCAGUAACCGCAUCAGCCACUACCUCAACGUCCACGGCCCGAGUAUGACCAUCGACACGGCAUGCUCGAGUACCCUUAUCGCCCUGGACAUGGCCUGUCUCUACCUCUCCGCCAACCAGUGCGACGGAAUUCUCGUCGGGGGUGUGAACAUGUAUCUGAGCCCCGAGAGAAACCAAGACAUGGGUGCCAUGCGUCCCACUGCCUCCGCUACGGGAAAAUGCCACACAUUCGAUGCCAACGCCGACGGGUACGUGGCAGCGGAGGCUAUUAAUGCCGUCUUCCUCAAACGCCUGGACGAUGCGGUUCGGGACAGGGACCCGAUCCGGGCGAUCAUUCGCGGCACAGCCACCAACAGUGCGGGCAGGACCCCCGGUAUCGCCAUGCCGAAUGACAAGGCCCAGGCGGCCGCCAUCCGUAUGGCCUACGCCAACGCGGGCAUCCCAGAGGCCGAGUUGUCGCAUACCGGCUAUCUCGAGUGCCACGGGACGGGCACGCUGGUCGGCGACCCGAUUGAGGUGAACGGCGCGGCAUCAGUGUUUGCGGAGAGCAAGUCCACCGCUGAUCCGCUCAUCAUCGGGUCCGUCAAGAGCAACAUCGGGCACUCCGAGGCCGCAGCUGGGCUUUCGGGCCUGAUUAAGGCAGUGCUUGCUGUCGAGAAGGGCAUCAUCCCCGGGACCGCCACCUUCAUCACGCCCAAUCCCAAGAUUGACUUCGAGAAGAACCGGGUGCGCGCGUCGCGCAAUGCCCUAGCCUGGCCUGCCAACACGAAGAAGCGCGCGAGCAUCAAUUCCUUCGGGUUCGGCGGAGCUAACGCCCACGCCAUUAUCGAGGCGCCCGAGUACCUCCUCCGCGACCGCAUCCCCAAAUACAAGUCCACCUUUGCCAACAGGGAGGGCAUCAGCGAGGGUUUCUUCGACGAUAGCGACGAUGAAGACUCCAUUGAAGACUCGGGGGUCUUGACCCCAUCGCUCGCCAAGCCGACAGUGAUCGUCUUGUCCGCCGAGGAUGAAAAUUCCCUCAAGGCCUCCAUCAAGCGCUUGUCGGCGCACAUCCUCAACCCGGCCGUUCAGGUUGAGUUGGAUGAUCUGGCUUUCACCCUCUCCGAGCGGCGAAGCAAACUCUAUCACCGUGCCUACAGUCUGCAGACGGACACUCAGAUCACGUCGGACACGUUCCAACUAGCGAAACCCUUGGGGCGGGACCUCCGCAUCGGCUUCAUCUUCACCGGGCAAGGCGCUCAGUGGCCCGCGAUGGGGAAGCAGCUCCUGGAGGCCUUCCCCCUCGCACGCAGCGUCGUCGAGAGUUUGGACACCGUUCUGCAGUCUCUCCCGGAACCGCCCUCCUGGUCCUUGGUAUCAGAAUUGACCGAGGAUCGCGAUUCAGCGCACCUCCGUAAGCCGGAGUUCUCCCAGCCGCUGGUCACGGCGCUGCAGCUGGCUCUGCUAGCCGUCCUGUCGCAGUGGGGCAUCCGACCGGCGCGGGUCGUGGGCCACUCUUCGGGGGAGAUUGCGGCGGCAGUCGCGGCCGGUUAUCUGACGUCCGAGACAGCCAUCAAGGUCGCCUUCUUCCGCGGCCAGGCGGGGAAGCAGCUGCCCCCUCAGCAGGCAGUCGGUAUGCUUGCGGUUGGCCUCAGCACUCAUCAGAUUGAGGCAUUCAUCGAUUCAGACGAUGACCUGGUCCAGAUUGCUUGCUUCAACAGCCCGCGCAGUCUCACCGUCUCGGGGACGGUGGCUGCCCUGGAACGGUUGCGAGAUCGGCUGCAGGCGGAGAAUCACUUUGCUCGUCUGCUGCAGGUCAACUAUGCCUAUCAUUCCAAGUACAUGAGCAGCAUCGGCAAGAGGUACCUGGAGAUGCUGAACGCUCAUGGCGUCGAGGCAUCACAGACGAAGAGCACAGAUGCGGUCAUGUUCUCCUCAGUGACCGGUGCGCCGCUGGAGAAUCCCGUCGAUGCGACAUACUGGUUGGAUAACAUGGUGUCGCAAGUCCGAUUCGACCAGGCAGCAUCCGAGAUGUUGAAGGGUAAAGACGGAGUCAACUUCCUGGUCGAACUUGGCCCGUCGAAUGCGCUGAAAGGACCGGUGGCCCAGAUCAUCGACGCCAUUACAUCCAGCAUUGAAGGGCCCCCCAUCUACACUUCCGCCGCCCAGCGAGGCACUGAGACACUGCAAGCCUUGUAUCACGUUGCUGGCCGGCUCUUUACGGCCGGUGGCACCGUUGACCUGGCGCGGGUGAACGAGUACAGCGUCCAGGACCCGCCAUUCACCCUGGUCGACCUUCCCAAUUACGUGUGGAAUCACUCCAAGAAGUACUGGCACGAGAGCCCGGCGAGUAAGGACUGGCGGGCACGGCCCUUUCUCAAACAUGAUCUGCUCGGAACCAAAGUCCUCGGCACCCCGUGGCAGGCUCCGACGUGGAGAAAUACCCUGCGCCUAAACGACCACCCGUGGCUCAAGGACCACCGAAUCGGGGAUCAAGUCGUGUUUCCCGGUGCAGGCUAUGUUGCCAUGGCCAUGGAGGCAAUCUACCAGACGAUGUCCCUAACCGAGUGGACUGAGGGGGUGCCAGCGCGGUACCGAUUCCGCCUCCGUGAUAUGAAGUUCUUCCGUGCCCUGGUCUUGGAUAGCUCCUACGACUCCAAGGUCAUCCUGAACCUCACGCCGAACAAGUCGUGGUAUGAGUACAAGGUCUCGUCCCGGGUGGAGGACAUCAUCCACGACCAUGCCUCGGGGUUAAUUCGCAUCGAGACGGAUUUCCUGGACACUCCAGCCCCAGUUGGGGCGUUGGCACCGCUGCAAACGCCCGUGUCUGCCCGUGUCUGGUACAAGGCGAUGCGGGAGGCCGGGUUCAACUUCGGACCCUCGUUCCAGAAGCAUCUUUCUAUGGAGUAUCAGGCCGGUCAGCAGUCUGGCCGCUCAACCGUCUCGCUGGAGGCGCCCGCCUCGGCUUGGCCGCAGUCCAGCUACCCAAUUCACCCGGCCUGCAUGGACGGAUGCUUUCAGACGGUGCUGUCAUCCGCCUGGAAGGGCGACCGAAGCGCCGUCGAUGCGGCCCUGGUCCCUUUGUCGAUCGACAGCUUGGUGAUCCCCUGGAACACCGAUCUUCCGGUUGAGGCAUUUGCUGUUGCGAAGUCCGAGUUCACCGGCGUCGGGAGAGCCGACGUGGCGAAGAACUACUCGGCAUCCACGGCCGUGUACCAUCCGGUGCAUGGCAACCUGCUGCUCGAGAUGAAGGGCCUGCGGUACACGGAGCUCGACAGCUCCAGCCCGGAGACCCAACUAGCCCAUUCGUACGGGCUAGUAAAGUGGGACGCGGAUGUGUCGUUACUCUCGGAAACCGGGUUCCACCAGCUAGUUGCUGGCCUCGGCGCAGAGGGAGAGGCAGCUCAGGGGCUGAUUGACACGAUUGCGCACAAACGUCCAGGAUUGACUGUUUUGGAGGUUGAUCUGGACUCGGAGGCACCCGCUAGGAGUCUCUGGCUGGACAGGGCGGACACCGUGACGCGGGCUGCCUGCACGCAGUACCAAUUCGCGUCCAGCGAUGCCAACCGGACCGUUGCCAUACAGAACGCGUAUCCCUCUGCAACAAACGCCGAAUUCACGGUAUCGAGCUUCGCCACAGCUGAGGUUGCGGUGAGCCAGCAGUUCGACCUUGUCGUCCUUCAGCUGCCCGCUCAGCCUGGUGCGUGGUUGGGGCAGGCCCUGGCAAACCUGCGCAAUAGCCUGACGGAGAAUGGGAUUGGACUGAUUGUCCAUGCGGACAAGAGGUCGCGGCUGGACGUUCACGCGGCGACUCAGGUGUCUGAAUGGGCCCGGGUGUGGUCCGCUGGGGUAGUCACUCUGGUCCAGGUCGCUCCCCAGGCAGAGGCAGACCAUCGUGAGGUCUACCGAGUUCGGUUCCGAAAAAACGACAACACCCUAGGUGGUCUCUUCGACACGGCCCUGUCCCAGGCGGGCGGGUGGAAGAGCAUCCCUGUGUGGGAGCCGGAGCAGGUGCCGCCCCGGAGCAAAGUCCUGGUGCUAGACGAGUUGGAGCAGCCCGUCAUGUCCAAGCUGGAUGGCCGGCAAUGGGCGAUGCUUCAGCUCCUCAUCCAAAACCAAUGCGACCUGCUGUGGGUGACCUCAGGGGCUCAGAUGGAGGUAUCCCAGCCCACCCAGGCGGCGAUCAUUGGCUUCCUCCGCGUACUCCGGAACGAGGAGCCCCUGCUGCGGCUAAUCUCCUUGGAUGUCGAGUCCCCGACAGCAAAGGAUCCGACGGUGGGAGCCAUUGACCGCUGCCUGCACAUCCUGACUGCAGCUGAAGGCCCUCGGACGCACAUCGACAGCGAGUAUGUCGAGCGCGGCGGCAUUGUUCAUAUCAGUCGGGUUCUACCGGACACGACAGUCAACGAGGCUCAGAAGGAAGAGGCCAUGGGUCGGCCGGCGCAGACGAUGGAACUCCACGCAGCCCCCAACUGUAUCCGACUAAGGGCUGAGCGGAUUGGCAAUAUCGACGCCGUGCGGUACAAUGAGGUGAGCUCCGCGCCGCUGCCCCUGGAGACAAACCGCGUCGAAGUCGAGAUCUAUGCGUCCGGGGUCAACUUCAAAGAGGUGGCUGUCACCGUGGGUAUUGUCCCUGACAAUGAACAUCUGCUAGGUGGAGAGGGAGCAGGCAUCAUCACCCGCGUGGCGCCAGAUGUAACCGACUUCAAGCCGGGCCAGCGGGUGGCCUUCUUCCAGAAAGGAUCGUUUGCCAACCGCAUCAUCACCACAACCCAGCGAGUGUAUCCCAUUGCCGAUACCAUGAGCUUCGAGGAAGCAUCCACGAUACCCUGCGUCUUCAUGACCUCGAUGUAUGGUUUGUACCGGCUGGCACAUCUGAAGAAGGGGGACCGCGUGCUGAUCCACUCGGCCACCGGGGGAGUGGGCCUUUCAGCCAUCCAGCUCUCCCAGUACAAGGGCGCCGAGGUUUACGCCACCGCGGGAACCCUGGAGAAGCGAGACUUCCUGAAGGCCCAGUUCGGCAUCCCCGAGGAACGAAUCUUCUCGUCGCGCACGAAGGCCUUCGCGGAGCAGAUUCUGGCCUGUACGGGCGGCAAGGGCGUGGAUGUGAUCCUGAACUCGCUGACCGGCGACUUGCUGGACGAAUCGUGGCGUAUCAUUGCGGACGGCGGAACCAUGGUCGAGAUCGGCAAGAAGGAUAUCCUGGAUCGAAGCAGCCUUGCCAUGGAGCCGUUCAAUCGGAAUGCCUCGUUCCGAGCCCUGGACCUGUCGCAUAAAGAGAUCACCGAUGACACGAUUGCGAGCCUGUUGGCCGAUAUUUUCACGCUGAUGCAGGGAGGCCACCUCAGCCCCAUCACCCCGAUGCACAUCUUCUCAUUCCGUGACAUCCCGGCGGCAUUCCGUCUGUUGCGCAGCGGAAAGCACAUUGGCAAGCUGGUCAUCAGCGACGGGCCUGAUGCGAAGGUAGAAGUGCCCGUGCGUCCGGCCCCACGGCGUAUGAGCUUGUCCCCAGACAAAAGCUACCUGAUUGUGGGCGGUCUCCGAGGACUGUGCUCCAGCCUGGCCAUCUAUCUGGCACAGAACGGGGCCAAGCAUCUGGCGGUAAUAACCCGGAGCGGCCACGAGGACGAGCAGUCCCAGAAGAUUGUCCGAGACCUCCACGCCCUGGGCUGUCAGGUUGAUCUGCUCCGCGGGGACAUCUCCAACCUGAGCCACGUCCGCUCGGCAUUUGCUGCCACGCGGGUUCCCAUCGGGGGCAUUGUGCAGGGCGCUAUGGUGCUCCGCGAUCGCACCUUUGCAGGCAUGAGCCUGGACGAUUAUCACACGGCACUCAGGUGCAAAGUGGCCGGCACAUGGAAUCUGCAUCAGGUCGCGCUCGAGCAGGACCUGAGUCUGGACUUCUUCACCAUGCUGUCUAGCGUCUCGGGUCUCUGCGGAAGCAAAGGGCAAGCCAACUACGCGGCGGGGAACACCUUCCUGGAUGCAUUUGCCUCCUACCGACAGCGACUGGGCCUAGUUGCCUGUUCCAUUAAUCUGGGGGUCAUCCAGGAUGUCGGAUACAUGGCGGAGCGCGACGAUCUGCAGGACCGCUACGACGCGGCGCUGUGGCACGCCAUCAAUGAGCGACUCCUGCGCCGGAUCUUCGGCUUCUCCAUUCUGCAGCAGGACAAGAUCCCUAUCAACAAGACCAGCAGCGCUAACCUGGUGACUGGAAUCCAAGUCCCACAGCCCGCAGACUCAUUCCUGCUCCGUGACGCGCGCUUCGCCGGCUUAUAUCUGCAACAGAGCGGGCAGCAAACGCAGACGGUUUCCGACUCGAAAGACAUCCAAGCCAUCUUCGUUCUCUUACGCUCCAAGGCCGAGCCAGCCGCCGUCCUCGAAGUCACCGUCGAUGUGCUGAACCGGUACCUGACGACGAGUCUGCGCUUGCCAGAAGCGUUGGACGUGGCGCGUCCCCUGUCUACGUAUGGAAUCGACUCCCUGGCGGCGGUGGAGUUCCGCAAUUGGUUGCGCAUCGAGCUGGGUGUGGAUUUGAACACGUUGGAGAUUGUCAAUGCGCCGUCGUUGGUGUCGAUUUGCGAGAAGGUGAUUUUGAAGAUCCCCAAUCCUUAG